AUGACAAACUCUAGAGUUAUAUCCUAACAAAUUGUGCCCUCAAAUUACUAGUACUCUUUCUAUAACUUCUUAAACAAUUUUGCUCUAAUAACUGUCAACUAAGUGUCUGGGUAGUAGAUCAUCUUUUAUGAGACUCUAAGCAUUCAAUUUUUCUAACCAGCAAUUAUCAUUAAAGGUUAAGUUGAUCAGCCAAUCCAAUUCUAAAUUACAACAGGACCUAUCCCUAUAAUUUACAAAACAAGUUUAAAUGUUAAAACAGUGAACUAACCUUAGAUUUUAUUUUCAUCCUCCACAGUUACGAUAGGAUAAAAAUAUAUAGGCUAAUCAUAUAAUAACUCAUAUAUUUACUACGAAGAUAUUGAGCAAUAUGUUUACGGAUAAAAUCUUUCACAAGUAAACUUAUAAAAAAAUAAUUAAAACAUAUCAAGCUUAGCUAUAAUUUAAUUUGAAUAGAGCUCUUCUAUCUAUACUUUGCAAAAUACCUCAGAUUAUUUAAUAUACAAUAUUUAACAAAUGCCUUAUAAUGCUUUGCUAUAGCAAUUUAAUUCAUCAAAUCAGUAUUAUAUUUAUUACUGCAAUAUAAGCGAUUUAAAUAAGCUUAAUAUUCAAAGUCCUAUGAACUACACUUAAAAUUCUCCAAUAGAUUUUGUUGAUUCUUAAGGUAGUUUUACUAUUUAAAGUGAUUCUUCAUUGCCAUAAAAAAGAAUAUUUUUGCCCAGUUUAGAUAACCUAAACAUCCUUUACAUUAAUACUAUUACAGUUUAAUGUGAUAAUAAUUAGAAUUACUUCACAUUUUCAUCUGAUAUAACUGCAAGCAUAGUAAUUAUUCAAUGUGGAAGUACUAUCACAUCAGUAAGUUAUAAACCAUCAUUCUAAAGCUCAUAUCAGCCUAUUUUAAUAAAUUAAAAUGUAAUCUAGUAGAACUUUCCAUCAAAUAGCAAAAUAACAACUAUGAAUGGAAUAGCUUUCAUUUACAGCAGCAGUUAUAUAACAGCAUAUGAUUACAUAAAUUAAAUAAUAAUAGGAAGUACCAUAAAUUUACCAGUCUUAAGCUAAUUAUAAAAAGUCUUGAUUUUCAAAGAUUCAUUUUUUAUUUACUACUCCGAUCAAUCAAGCAUUCCUGUUAUCAAUUAGUACUCUUACAACAAUUUUUAAACUUCAACUCCUAUCUUACUUCGAAGUCUUUAUAAUGAUUCCUAAAACUUACCUAAUACAUAGGUAUAGCCUAUUACUUUAUAUGGUAGUAGUACGAAUUAAUAAUAUUUACUAUUUUAGUAACAAUCUUAUCCCAAUAAGUAUAUGGUUUAUAGAGUAGAUCGUUGCUCAAGUUAAAACUAAUUUUAUGGUAUUCUAUAGCUUGAGUAAAGCAAUCUAAACAUUUAUUCAGCAGGUAAAAUUUGUUAGUUGCUAUAAACCUUUAAAUGCUAUAAUAUCCUAUAAAGUGCAUAAAUUUCUAUUUAACUCUAACUUGCUAAUACAUAUUACCAGUCUUAAGUAUUAAUACCUUUUAAUUUUACUGUUUCUCAAAACGAAUAAAACUAAACGUUUAAUUUUAUUUUAAGAAGAGACACUUCUGCUGUAUAUGGGUUAGUGAAUCAGUAAUCAUCUUCUAUACAAAGCUUGAAAACUUAAAUUUAAGACUCUAAUUCCUCUACCUCUUCUAUCUAAACCUUUUAAUUAUAUGACGGAAGCGAUCCAAGUAUAUUCAAUAGUAAUUUACUAGGAUGGUAACUUAACAACUCUAGUGGUUCAAUAUAAAACAGAGUUUAAAACUAAACUAUUUUAACAUAAAAUUAAAAUUAAUUCAAAAUACUUAAAAACUAAAAUUUAAUAGUUGAUCAAGACUAAUUCUCAAUAGGAUCCUUAGUUAUAAUAAGUGGUAUUGAUUAUAGCAAUUGUGUAGGGUUAGAAGAUGCAAGUCAAACAUACUAUAAAGAUAACUCUACAGAUUUAAAAUUAUACUUUAUAUGCCAAUAAAAAUUAGCUGUUUAUACCAUAACAUUAAUUUUGUAAAAUAGUGCUUAUAGCUCAUUUAAUAUUAAUAGCAUCAAGAUAUAUUAACUUAUUUAGGAUAUUCCAUAUCCUAAUAUAUAUACCAACAUUUUUUCUAGUUCAAGCUUAGAUAUUAGGCUUUUUGGUCCUUUUAGAGCGUCUACUUCAUAAUUAAUUCUUGAUGAAGAAUCAACAUAAGCUACUAUCUAUAAAAUGAACCUAAAUUCUUAAAGUAUAAUAAGUGAGAAUAUAAUAAACAGUUUUAAUAAUCUCAUCUUAAUCUUUUAUGCUAGUGGGAAAAUAGUAACUACAUAUUAUAAUAACAUAGAUCCUUAACUUAAUAAUUUAUACAAUCUGAAGGAUAUUUUACUGUAAUAUAAUUUUGUGAUAUCUCAGCAAGAUGUUAUAGCAUAAGUUCUAUAGAUAUCUGACACAUCAUUUAAUAUCCAAUUUUAGUUAUCAUAUAUCUUUCAAGUAACAUUCACAUAUUAAGAAAAUAAUUUAUCAAUCACCCAAGUUUAAUCAUAUGAUUAUCUAGAUGGUUUCACAACUAUGUUAGGAUAUUUCUAAGCACCUUACAAUUAAAUAUUUGUAGGAUAAAGCUAAAAUAAUGAAAUUGCUAUAAAUUGUAUAAUCAAAUAUAAAACUAAAAUUGCUAUACCAUAAAUGGAUAUAAUUAGAAUAUAUUCGACUAAGAUGUUAAAAUAUCUGUUUAUAGCAUUGGCUAUUCAAGUAAUAAUUAAUUAUAUAGCAUAUUCUUAUCAAAUUAGAAUAUAUAUUAAGUUAAUAUAAAACAAAGUACAAAUAUAAAUAUAUAACCACAAUAAAUUAAACAGAAAUAGUUUAGCAUAUCUCCAAUAUUAUCUACUUUGA